CGUUUUACGUGUUUCGGCUCCUUAGCACUAGCAGUUAGCUUCAGCUGAUUGCAUCUUCUCUGGUCUCUGGUUGCUGCUGCCUGCAAACGGAGCGUAAAUUGAGCCGACAAGCAGGCAACCGUCUGGGAGUGACAAAAGGCAUGUUUGGUUCUAGAAAGAAAUUUGCAGAGUUUGUGGAGGUCGUGGACAUUGACUUUCCCGACGAGAACAUGUACUACAACCAGCCAUCGAUGUUUCCACAUCGGUCGGACAAAGACAUGCUGUCGUCUCCUUCGCCAUCUUCAUCAUCAGGGCAGCUGUCGCAGCUUGGCGCAAGUUUGUACGGUCCACAAAGUGCACUCGGCUUUUCGGUAAGAGGCAUGGGGAACAGCACGCCUCAGCUAAACCGAAAUUUAACACAAAGCACCCAGCUACAGAGUCACAUCACCCCCACAACAGGUGUCCCUACCAUGUCCCUCCAUACACCUCCAUCACCAAGCAGGGGGACGUUGCCGAUGAACACAAGGAACAUGCUGAACCACUCUCAGGUCGGUCAAGGCCUCGGUAUGAGCAACAGGACCAAUAGUAUGAGCAGCUCGGGUCUCAGCAGCCCCAGUCGCAGCUCUCCCAGUAUCAUCUGUAUGCCCAAGCAACAACCAGCACGCCAGGCCUUCACUGUAAACAGCAUGUCUGGAUUUGGAAUGAACCGCAACCAGGCGUUUGGAAUGAACAACUCGUUAUCAAGCAAUAUCUUCAAUGGAACAGAUGGCAGUGAAAACUUAGCGGGACUGGAUCUGUCGGAUUUCCCUGCGUUAGCAGACAGGAGCCGGAGAGAAGGGACUGGAAACCCACCGCCGGUGCUCAACCCGCUGGCUGGAAGGGCUCCUUAUGUUGGCAUGGUGACAAAACCAUCAACGGAACAGACGCAGGAUUUCUCAAUCCACAACGAGGACUUCCCUGCACUGCCUGGCCCAAACUACAAGGACCCCUCGUUGAACAGCGAUGACAACAAAACUGUAAAUAACGUGAACUCCACAAGCAAGAGCACAUCCAGCACAGAUGGACCCAAGUUCCCCGGAGACAAGGCGGCCUCGGCACAGAACAACAACCAGAAGAAAGGGAUCCAGGUGUUGCCUGAUGGUCGGGUGACGAACAUUCCCUCGGGAAUGGUAACAGACCAGUUUGGCAUGAUUGGCCUUUUGACGUUUAUACGCGCAGCAGAGACCGAUCCAGGGAUGGUCCACCUGGCGCUCGGAAGUGACCUCACCACACUGGGACUCAAUUUAAAUUCACCAGAAAACCUUUACCCCAAGUUUGCGUCUCCUUGGGCCUCAGCACCUUGUCGACCACAAGAUAUCGACUUUCACGUUCCAUCGGAGUACUUAACCAAUAUCCACAUAAGGGACAAGCUGGCUGCUAUUAAACUGGCUCGAUACGGUGAAGACUUGUUGUUCUACUUGUACUACAUGAACGGUGGCGACUUGCUGCAGCUUCUGGCAGCCGUAGAGCUCUUUAACCGGGACUGGCGGUACCACAAAGAGGAGCGAGUUUGGAUCACCCGGGCGCCUGGCAUGGAGCCGACACUGAAGACCAACACGUACGAGAGGGGAACCUACUACUUUUUUGAUUGUCUUAACUGGAGGAAAGUGGCCAAGGAAUUCCAUCUGGAGUACGACAAGCUGGAAGAGAGGCCUCACGUGCCAACAACGUUCAACUACAACCCAGCCCAGCAGGCCUUCUAAGGCCCGACCGGGUCCACAAGGCUACAGCUGCACACGAUGCUGUUGUCCAGGGAGGGCGCUGUGGUUCUCACAGCCUGGUUUUUAUUCCUGGAGGAUUUGUCUAUUUGACUGCAGGGGGGGUGUGUCUGACAUCAGAACUGCCUUCCUUUUCCAAAACGUCAUGCUGCCCAGAGCACCAACACUUGUUCUGUUUUUAUUCUGUUCGUUUCCCCUGUUUGUUUCUCUUUGUUUUGAGCAGGGUCUGUGUUAUGUUUACGUCUCUAUGAGUCCGAAGGCUGAGUUCUCCCAGGGACCCUCGAAUGUAACACCAGAAACAAGGGCAGGGAAAAGUUAACAUCCUCAGACUCAAGUGAAACAGUGAAAGAAAUGCAAUGUUUAUUGUUGCACUAUAUUUAGUAAUAAAAGAACACAACAUUUGUUUGUGCUUUUUUUUUAAAAAAAAACGGCAACACUCCCUGAAGUUGUUUUUUUCUUCUAUUUUUUCCAUUGGAAGUUGCACUUCCUCCCUGUCCUUUUAUUCCAGCACCAACUACCUGUAUUUUCUCUCAUUUCUUGCUGUUUCUCCUUUUGUCUCUUUUGCAUUGAGCGCUACGUUGGUGUCCACUGAGAUGGACAAAUCCUCUUAGAGGCUCAACACCUCCUCAAAGCUGCUUUAGAGUAAAACAAAAACACUUUCCAGUCUUUGUUACAAUUUUCUAAAAAUUGUGUAUAUUUUCUUUGACAUCACAUGGCUAAGUAUGUCAUUUUGAAUGUGUAUACUGUAUAUGAUUGCAAUAUAUAUAAAUAUAUAUGUGUAUACAGUAUAUGACAUCUAUUUUGGAAGAAACUUUGUUCUGCCUUGUACCUCAUUUUUGAGGUAAGCAUGUGAAUAUGUGAAAGCAACAAGGACAUUUAUAUCCAAAUAAGUUACAGGAAUCGCCGAAUCCUCAGCAACAAAAAAAUGUUUUGACAAAAGUUUUACUCACGCAGAAUUUCAUAGGAAAAAUUUGUGGAGGAAAAACAGUGCAAGUCUGUCUUGUAUUUCUCGAGGUUUCAUCUUUGUAUUAAAGCAGAAAAAAGGCUUUCCUUCAUCAAAAAAGUCAUCUCAAAA